ACCUAUGCCCGAGCAGCCAUGGCACUCUACCUGCUGCUCGUGCCUCUCCUUGCCAUCAUCCCCUUCCUGCUCAGACGCUCGGCGCCGCACGCGCAUCUUCCGCCGGGGCCGUGGGCACUGCCGAUGAUCGGCCACCUGCACCACCUCGCCGGCGCGCUCCCGCACCGCGCCCUCCGCGACCUGGCCCGGCGGCACGGCCCGCUCAUGCUGCUCCGCUUCGGCGAGGUCACGGCCGUGGUGGCCUCGUCCCCUGACGCGGCGCGCGAGAUCAUGAAGACGCACGACCCGGCCUUCGCGUCGCGCCCCGUCGGGCCCAUGUCGCGCCUCUGGUUCCAGGGCUCCGAGGGCCUCGUCUUCGCGCCCUACGGCGACGGGUGGCGCCAGCUCCGCAAGAUCUGCACCCAGGAGCUCCUCAGCGCACGCCGCGUCCACUCCUUCCGCCCCGUCCGCCAGGACGAGCUGCGCCGACUCCUCCGCUCCGUCGCCUCGCCGUCUUCAUCGUCGUGUCCGGUGAACUUGACGGAGAUCAUAGCGGCGUACGUCGCGGACUCCACCGUGCGCGCCAUCAUCGGCAGCCGGCCGUUCAAGGGCCGCGACGCGUGCCUGAAACUGUUCGAGGACAUGUUCCGCAUGAUGCCCGGGCUGAGCCUGCCGGACCUGUUCCCGUCCUCACGCAUCGCGAUGCUCAUCAGCCGCGAGCCCGGCCGGAUUAAGCGCUGCCGCCACGCGAUGCUCGAGAUCAUGGACGCCGUCAUCCAGGAGCACCGCGAGAGAAAAGCCACCGUCGGGGGAGAAGACGAGGACUUGGUCGACGUGCUCCUCGGGCUCCAGAAAGAAGUCGGCUCCCAGCACCCGCUCACCACAGAGAACAUCAAAUUCGUCAUGAUUGACAUGUUCGCCGCCGGCAGCGAGACAGCGACGACGGCGCUGCAGUGGAUGAUGGCGGAGCUGAUGCGGAACCCGAGAGUUCGGCACAAGGCGCAGGAGGAGGUCCGGCGGGAAAUGGCCGGCCACCGCGAGGUAUCGGAAGACAGCCUCGGCAACCUCCAGUACCUGCACAUGGUCAUCAAGGAGACGCUCCGCCUGCACGUGCCGGGGCCACUGCUGACCCUCCGGCAAUGCCGCAACUCGUGCCAGGUGCUCGGGUACGACGUGCCCGAGGGCGCCACGGUGCUCGUGAACGCGUGGGCGAUCGCCAGGGACCCCGCGCACUGGGACGCGCCGGAGGAGUUCGUGCCGGAGAGGUUCGAGCAGGAUCAGCAGGGUGGCGGGAGGGACUUCAAGGGGACGGACUUCGAGUUCAUACCGUUCGGAUCCGGACGGAGGAUGUGCCCCGGCAUGACGUUCGGGCUGGCGCACAUCGAGCUCGCGCUCGCCGCGCUGCUGUUCCACUUCGACCUGGAGCUGCCCGGUGGCGUGGACGCGGCGGGGUUGGACAUGACGGAGGAGGCUGGCAUCACCACGCGGAGGAAGUCCGACCUUCUCGUGCUCGCUACCACCCGCGUUCCUGUACCAGCAAAGUAGACCUUGCUACUUCGCUAUUGGCAAAGUAAACAAAGCAGGAAAUAUA